GAGGGAGGAGGAGAAACGGGACACCGAAAAUAUAUUCUGAGGAGAGAGAAAACAGCUCCCCCUCUCCUUCUCCGGCAGGAAAAACGAGCGGAAACGCACUCCCAGCCCGAGCCCCGCUGGGGAGGGCGCGGGGCGAGCCGCCCGCUCGGCGUGAAUAUUCAGCAGGGGUGGGGCCCGAACAAUGGCCGGCCGGCGGGCAGCGCGGACCGUGGCCGGGAUGCGGCUACCGGCCGGCGCGGCGCUCGUAGAAAGGGCCAGAGUAGGGACGAGACGGACCGGGAUGUCCCCGGUGAGGUGCCGAGGGCUACGCUUGUGACACGCUUGUAGGGGCGGAAUUCGUUGAGCAUCACCUGGCCGCCCGGUCCCAAGGCUUUCAGUGGAAAUAGUAUCCAAAGCAGCUUCUCUUAAUAGCCGUGCGCUGACUUCCUUACCUCCUUCAUUAGUGGCCAACUAAUCAUCAGGACCAGAUCGAGAAGCCAGCGAUGACUGACAUGGAUCACCUGGAUCACCUAAUUGUUGGCUAAAGACAGCUCCUUGAGCUCAGAGUCAUAAUAAGGAGACAUUUUCUCUUCAGAACCCAUCCUCUAGGGCUGCAGGGACACAGUUCACAUUUACAGGAAGACAGUUUCAAAUGGCUCUCGCAAGAGCCAAAUUCGGUUUGCCUUUUGUUGCUUCCAUGUUUCCAAGCUCCUGGGCCUGAGUUAAGACCUACCUUUAAAAAAAACUACAUCUCUUCCUUUGGUGCAACAUUAACUCCUUGAAACAUACUCCUCUCAAAGCUGUAACACGCUACCUUAAAAAGCCCUCGUCCUUGGCCUUUCUCCAGCUCUCCUGUCAAAGACAGGCUGUCUUUCAGAAACAACUAUUUGGAAGGGUAGGUUCUAAAGUGUUAAUCAUUAACUCCAGAGCUUCUUGAUGAAGAAAGAAACAAAGACUACAGGCUUAGAUCACCACGAACCUCAAUGAAACUUCUGGAACCAUGACCAACCUGGAAAUCUGAGUAUCAGCAUCAGGCCCAGAAGAGAAGAGAAACGGGAAGAAAGGACAAAACAAACAACUGGACUUCACAGAGCAGCAGCGUAGGCAUGAUUGGUUACAUCCAGAGAUGUGGCUCAGCUCCUUUCAAUCCUUUCUAGCAAACAAUGCAUACUUGGGCCCAAACUCCAACAGGCCUCCAUAUUGUCUAUAUUUAUUUCAAGAUUUGCCUUCUCUUAGAAAGAACAGUAUAGAUUCCUAGACCCUAUCAGAAUGAUAGACAUAUUAUAAUCAGCAAAUGUGGAAGGAAUAGCUGAAUGAAAGAAUAUUCAAGAAGAAAAUGCUAAAGAAGAGGAAUUAUACAAUUGGGAGGAGGUUUUUCCCUGUUCUCAUUGAGAAUUCUGAACAAAAGCUUGUGCGUUUGAUUUUUCCUGAUCUUGGUACCCGGAGGCUAGGCACAAGAGGAAGUGCCAGGUAUCAUUAUGAUGGAAUCUGUAUCAAGAGAAGUUCUUUCUUCUAUGCCCAGUAUUGCUACCUUCUGGGUGAAAAAAGGGAUCACAGUGGAGAUAUCAUUGCCUUUGAAAAAUCUACUAACUAUAACAGCAUUAUCCAACAAGAAGGAACAUGUGAAAAUCAUUCACCGAUAAAGACAGACCCCAUUGGAUCCCCUUUGUCUGAAUUCAGGAGAUGUCCAUUCUGGGAGCAAGAACUGGCAAAGAAGUACUCCUACAAAAUGAUGGCCUUUCUUGCUGAUGAAUACUACAACUAUUGCCAAGAGAUUUUACAAAACGUGAGGAACCAAGAACUUGAGAGGGUGGAGGACUUGCUCACUUCUUUCUGGAAAUCUCUGCAGCAAGACACAGUCAUGCUUAUGUCAUUGCCUGAUGUGUGCCAGCUCUUUAAAUGCUACGAUGUGCAGCUGUACAAGGGAAUUGAGGACGUUCUCCUUCAUGACUUUUUGGAAGAUGUUUCUAUUCAGUACCUGAAGUGUGUCCGGUUAUUUAGUAAGAAAUUUAAGCUGUGGCUACUUAAUGCUUUGGAAGGGUUUCCCACCCUCGUGCAGAUCUCCAAACUCAAAGAAGUUACUGUGUUUGUCAAAAGACUAAGAAGAAAGACAUACCUUUCCAACAUGGCAAAGACUAUGAGAAUGGUAUUGAAAAACAACAAGAGGGUCAAUGUUUUGAAGUCGGAUCUACAUGCCAUCAUCAAUCAAGGUGCUUUGGACACUUCUAAGAAAGCCCCGCUGAGUAACCCGUGCAGCACGGCUGACCUGGAGAUGCACACGGAGAUGCAAUGUUUAAGCAGUUUGAUUUCUUUGCUGGGGACAUCCACAGACCUCAGUGUAUUCCUGAAUUGUCUGUCUUCAAAUCUCCAAGCAUUCGUCUUCCAGCCAAGCAGAAACAAAGAAGAGUUUAUCAAACUGGCUGCCAGCUUCCAGCUGAGAUGGAAUUUCCUUCUUACCACUGUGAGCAAAGCCAUGACCCUCUGCCACAGAGAUAGUUUUGGCUCCUGGCAUCUGUUUCAUUUGCUGCUUCUGGAAUAUGUGAUUCAUAUACUUCAGUCAUGCAUAGAAGAGGAAGAGGACGACGAUGAUGUGGGAAAUCUCAAGGAAAUGCUACCAGAUGACCAGUCUCUUGUCCAGCCAGACCAGGCAACCUUUCACCCUCCAGAUUCUUCACCAGCCCUGGCGUAUGACAGCCCACAUAUGGAUCCACAUCGGGUGAUGCUGAAACACAUAGGCCAGAGCCGAUGUCCUGUGGGUGUGAACAGUGUGUUUCUCAGGGUCCUGGGCUUCCUGGUGGACACUGACACGGGUGAUAAGCUCAUCCAGGUAUUGUUGGAGGACAAGGCCACCGAAAGCACCUUCAAACUCAGCCUUCCUGUGGGACAAGAGGCCCUGGUAACUCUAAAAGAUGGGCAAAAAUUUGUAAUUCAUGUAUCAGAUGUACCCCAAAGCUCUGAAAAUAUUUUUUUCAGGGAAAGCAACGCUAAUAUAUAAGAUCAUUUCUUAGAAUAGGGCAUGAGAAAACAUAGAUUUUCACUCUUAAAAAUAUAUUAAGUGCUAAAGCUUUUGUAUUGAUGAGAAAGAAGAUUUUAUGUACAUAAUAGAGGUAGCAUUGUCUAUUUUGUGUUUAUAUGUAUUUCAAGCAGUUAGUUUAGGUGAAUCAUAUAAACUGAUUUGGAGAAUAUUUUUUGCUUCUGUUGCUUUUCUUCAGGGCUUUUCAAGUGUUUUUACCAGGGACUUAAUAGAAGAGACGUUUGAGAAAUCUUGUGAGUAGAGAAAUGGAUAGAUCUCUAGCGAGAGAUAAAAUUUGAAUACAAAUGGGUACAACCAGUAAAAGGCCAAUGGUAACAUUUUUCUUCCCCUUGGCAGGGCCCCGAUUGAAAUAGAAUUUGUGGAAAGAUCUCCUCAGGCAGUAAGAAACAGACAAAAUGCAAUUUGAUACCAACCGUUAGGCUUACUUAUUGGUCCAUUAAGAACAUUCUUGAAGUGAGGUCGAAUUUUGAACCCAACAAUGUCUGCAACAAAUGGUGAUGCCCUGCUUUGAGUCACUUUUUAUUGCUCUUUGUUGCAAAAUCCUGAGAAAUGUUAAAACUAAGAAUAGAUCAUUCACUGCUAAGCCAGAUCAAUUUUUAUGUAACUGAUUAUAACAUUUAAAAGGAAUUUAGCAAUUCAUGCUUAACAUGACUUCUGGUAUAAGAGGAAAUAAUAGAGAAUAUUUUAUUGAUCUCAUGUUAUAUAAGAAAUGAAUUAAAUUUCCCUAAAUGCUUGGAAAUUUUAAAGAAACACGAACUGUGUCACUAGAUUUGUUAAGAAUUAUGCAUCUUUAUAGUUAAAGAAGCAAUCAUUAUUUCAGGGCCCUUUACUACUACAUUUAAUAGGUUAUCUCAUUAGUUAAGCUCUCUGGGAGUAAUAGUUUAUCAAAGAAUUACUCAGGGAUAUUCCUUUACUCACUGUUCAGUGACCUUGCAUAUCAUUCAUUUGCUCAAAUGUAAGUGGACAGAUGGGAGACAAGAAACAAAGGUAGCAACAAGAUGUACCAGACUGGGAAUAGUGAAUUUUAUUUGCAUAUUUUGAGGUAAACUGAUUAGCCAAGAGCUAGCAGAGGAUAUUCAGUCCUUGAAAAAGCUAACCAGGUUCAUCAAAGGCAACAAUCUGAAUUGCUUAUCUCUAGGGUCAGAAGUUAGGUUAGGGGAUGAGGGUGGGUAGUAAGAAACAGGAGAGGAAGAGGCUUCUGGGACCCCUGAUAGUGUUCCAAUCUGCCGUUCAAGUGUGUCCACCUUGUGAAAAGGUGUCACAGAGCUUAUGACUUGAUUUGAUUAAUUUUCUGCUUUAUGCUAUGUGUGAAAGUGUAUUUUUUUAAGUUUAUUUUAUUUUGAGAGAGAGAGAGAGAGAGCACGAGUGUGGAAGGGGCAGAGAGAGAAGGAGAGAGAGAAUCCCAAGGUGACAGACCCUGCGCUGAUAGCACAGAACCUGAUGGGACUCAGUGUCACCAACCAUGAGCUCACGACCUGAGCUGAAACCAAGAGUCAGACACUUAACCGACUGAGCCACCCAGGCACCAUGAACAUGUGUUUUUAAAAUAGAAGGUAUUGCAUAUACACUGGGUAUUGCAUUAGAGGCUCCUGGUGGGGGAAUGGCUAAGAAGCUCGUGGAAGGAUUUCAGGAGAAAGUGAGCCAGCUUGGAAAGCCACCAGGUUCAAUGAACACUGAUGUGAAAAUGGAACCACACCUGCCGUGUACAUCUUUGUUUUUCCCUCUCAAUCCACCUCGCUGACAACCUGAGGCAGGAGGCCAAGCAAGAAGAGAGAAUCUCCCCACAUCCACCUCCCUCACCCCAGGCCUCAAGACCCAAUACAGUUCUCAGCCAGGACAGAGGAGAAGCUUUCAUCCUUAAUAAAGUUUGACAUUUUGAUUAUUA